AUGGCGGCCGGCCAACCUCCCAACGACCGACCGGCCACACUCCGAUCAAGGCGCAAAGCAUCAGAGAAAUGCAUCAACACCUUCUGCAUUUACCUCUUCGCGAUUGCCGCUGUUGCCUGCAUCGCCGCUUUGAUCCUCGGCCUUGUCGUCGUCCGGGUAAAAACUCCCACAGUGAAAUUAACCUCCGUCACGGUAAAAAAUCUCCACUACGGCUUUUCACCGACCCCUUUUAUGGACGCCACAUUAAUCGCCGAAAUCACAAUGGAAAAUCCCAAUUUCGGGGAGUUCAAGUACGAGGAAGUAACGAACACCACAUUGAUUUACUACGGCGUGGCGGUCGGAAUCGGCGAGGUGAAAACGGUGUCGGUAAAUGCCAAGAGUAAUAAAAAAGCGAACUUUACGGUGAAAGUGAAACCCAAUUCGAGCUUUGUUGACGUGGAUUACUUCAGCCAUGACUUGGCGAUGUUGAAGACGAUGAAUAUGAGCUGCAUCGCCGAGUUUAAGGGAAGGGUUCGUUUGUUGAAAUUGUUCAAGGAGAAGAAAGUUUCUAUGUUGAAAUGUACUAUGAGCUUGAAUUUGAGCUCCCAUGGCGUCCAAAAUCUCGCUUGCCAAUAG